ACUGAAUCGCCUGAGACCCGCGGGUGUCAUUCCCCCUCCCAUCUCGAAUGCUGAUCUCUGUCAUCGCUCUGUAAUCUCUGCGCUACUUUCGCGAUUCCAUUGAUUGCAUUGGUUAUCAGCUAUCACGCUGUCUGGUCACAAUGGAUGACCCUGCCAGCCGUGUCCCUGGGCAGUUGCUGCCCCAUAUGCAUCUCAUCUCCCGACACCGGUACCCUUUGAUGCAUAUGAUGCCCACCGACACUGUCGUUGAGUACCUCCUUUCCGCACCCAAGGUCGUCCGGGAAGCGCAACCUAUGCACUGGACCUUUCUCGAUGGCCCUCAAGAUGGCACUGUGAUGCUUACUUGGCAGCCCUUGAACCACCUGGGCACCAACUUUGCCAGCGAUGGGUAUGUCUGGGCGGACGUCGAGCAAGCUUUCACCUUCGAAGCCCGCGGUUACCUCGUGGAAAUGUGGCUGCAUCGUAGUGGUUAUCACCCCCCCAAUGAGUCUGUCGCCAUUCACUGUCGCAGGCGAUAUAGACUUCUCCCAAACAAGGUCCCGAAUCCUAGCCUACCUCCACCAGACCCUUCGCUAUGGAUUGUACACUACUCAAGGGCGCCUCCUCAAGAGCACAUCCCCGCCAACCGAAUCCCCCUCCUCCCCCAGGUCCAAGGCAUGUUGGCUCAGCGCCGUUUCCUGCAGAGUCAAGGUCAAUUGGCACGCAAAGACUUCAUGCUGCACGACCGAAAUAACUGGCCCGCGAUCAGCUUCCCGCCCCAGAUGGGUCCACAAGGCUACCAACAAGCGCAGACGGCGUACCCAAAUGCAAUGGUCGGCCGCCAGACAUUCUACCCAGCACCUGGCGCCGUGGUACCGCAAGCCACAGGCGCAGCCCCAGCGAAGGUGCCGCGGGGACACCGCGCUCAGUCGACAGCAGCCAAUGCGGCCACAGCCGACUUUGCUCUCGAGGAUGAAGACGUUUCCGCCGGCGAUAUCAUGGACCUUCUGACCCCCCGGGAGGUCAGCAAGAUGAGAUAUCAGCAGCACCACGAGUGGAUGGAGGAGGUUUUGGCCUCCCCUUAUGCCAUCAGCCAAAUCACCCCGACUUCUCUUGGCCUCGGCCGCAAAGGCGAAUUGGAAUCAUUGACAGCAGGUUUCUUUGAUGCCCCAGUCAGGCCCGUCAGCAGUGACCAGGCAGGGACCAAUGAGUCUAAGCAGGCAGCUCCUCUAGAACCUGAAAAGGCCAAAGAAUUCGCCGAUCGGGUUGCCAAGAAAGUGGCUGAUAUGACGGCAGAGAUCGAAAAGCUUAAGCAGCAACACGCGCGACGGAUGGAAAAGUUCAACCGUACCUCGCUACUCAAAGAUGCAGAGGUCAAGUUGCGCGAUGCCGCUGCAGAACCCGCAGAGACUGGAUCCGAGAUCUGGAGGUUGGAAGGCCGCAUCGAGAUUCCUACUGACGAGGAUAACAUGCCUCUUGCGCCGAUUGAGCACAAGGCGAAAUACAAGGUGGACGAUAUCGUUCACGACGUCGAGGCUGCCUGGGAGAGGCAGAUUGUCCCGGAACCCAAAGUCUCGUGCAUGCAGAAGGGUGGUUUGCUGGAAAAGAUCGAACCGGAGCAGAGGACAGGCGAAGGCGACAUUGAAAUGGACCAUGGCGACACUCAUUUGCUGGAUCAGUUCGGUACACCUGGAGUCACUGCUCAGGAACCUCCGGUAUCGACAAAUGCACCUACUACUGUAACAGGCGUCCCAGGAGCACCCAAUGUGCCCGCACAGCCCGCCACAGGCGGUCAGUCUCUGGCUGGCUUGGAUGUGGAAAUGGACCUUGGGGAUGCUCCACAGGCAGGCACUGCUUCGGGUGAGACUGGUGACUGGGUGAUGGUCAACGAAGAAAAGAAAGGCGACGGGCUAGACAAGAACACUCUUGGCGAGAGCUCUCUACAAGGAAUUGGAACACCAGGCAGCGGCCUCCAGGGCUUAACGCCUGGAGGUCCCGGCGCAGAUACUAGCCUCGACGGAGCCAAUUUCGACUUUACCAACAUGGACAGUGCCGGCGAUGCGCUCGCCGCAUACUCCGAACAAAACGACGGGUUAGACCUCCCGGAUCUGGAGAACUCGGCCUUUGGAGAUGCAUUCCACGCAUCGGAUAAUGAGAACACCCAUCACCAUGAUGCAGACGACAUGUCUUGAUUUGGGUAGGCUGGGUUUGGGAUAUUUUUAUCGGUUGUUGGUGUGCUUUACAGAGGUGUUGUUGGUCCUGGCCAUUUUUCGGCGCUGGUUUGUCCUUUUCUUUUCUUCUUCAUGCCUAGACUCUCUCUCCCUUUGAUGGGGGAGAGGGAGAGAGGAAGGCAGUAGACAGGUGUAAAAUUUAAGAUUGAUCUUUUAUGUCUCCUGCAACCAUUCCAUCUCACUUUUCUCGAUGCAGAGACGAGCGAUGAUCCCCUAAUCAAAGUUCUACAUAUUAUAUUGCCUUUCCCUCUCUUUCUCUCUCCAUGUGACCGCCCUGAUGACAGAUGCACAGUUCUUCUUCAUAUAACUAUCCAACAUCUCGGAUGAUUUCAUACUCAUCGACUGUUCUUUUAUUGUUUGGGUUGAGUUCAAUCAUAACAAGAUACAUGUCUACUUGUAGUCCC